CUAUACUUUUUAAUUUUUAAUUUUUUAUUUUUUAUUUUUUUUAUUUUAUUUUUUAUUACUGACUACUGAGAAUGGUGUACACACUUUGAUAUGUUGAAGAUCAAUAGGUCAUAGCUUUGCUGCUGAAUUUCCAGGUAACAUCUGAUUGUUUAAGCUGGGAAUUAAAUACUCUCUUUCUUUGCAAUAAAAUAUUUUAAUUGACCAUGUGAAUAAAAAUGUUUUUUUUUUUUUUUUUCAAACUAAUAAUUAGUUUCAAGACAGUAGAUCUUUUCAAUAUUUUAUAUUUAUUCCUUUAUGAGAAUCCAAUUCUAUUGCCUUUCUUCCAGUAUAUAUAAUUUGCAGAUGGGGAAGAUGUGAUCAUCGCACUUUUGUCCCUUUGUUUGUUUUGGAUAUUUUGAAUUCUCCACCUUGUCAAAUUUUUUAAUUGUUCCAUGGGCGUAGGCACAUCCCGUCUUAUGAAAAGGAGGGGCUCUAAACAUCAGAUGAAGAUACUGAUGGUUGGCCUUGAUGCUUCAGGGAAGACAACAAUCCUUUACAAGCUCAAGCUCGGACAAGUUGUACGGACACUCCCCACUAUAGGUUUCAAUGUGGAGACAGUCGAAUACAAUAACCUAAGCUUUGCUGUGUGGGAUCUUGGUGGACAAGAGAAGAUUCGGUCAUUAUGGAAACAUUAUUUUCGGAACACCCAGGGACUCAUUUUUGUAGUGGACAGCACUGACAGAGAAAGAAUUGUAGAAGCUCGUAAUCAGCUUCACCGGAUUCUCACCGAGCAGGAUGAACUGUCUAAUACAGCGGUAUUAGUUUUCGCCAACAAGCAAGACCUUCCAAAUGCUAUGUCAGUCUCAGAGGUUGCUCACAAGCUUGGGUUACAUCUACUUCGUGAUCACAGAUGGUUUAUCCAGGAUGCUUCUGCAAUAUCUGGCCGCGGACUUUAUCAAGGUCUUAAUUGGUUGAGUCAGAAUAUCUAAGUCUCUAAGAUGGUGCUACAUGAUAGACACUCCCCGGCCUCCCCAAGUUUCGAAAGCUUUUAUAAAUUACAAAGACUUGCACCAUUGAUGGUAGAAUACAUUGUGAUCGAGGAUGAAAAUUUUUAAUUUCAUCAAAUAGAUUGUAGCAAAUGUAAAAUGUCUAUUUUUUUUGUCGAAUUUUUCAAUAGUUUUUUUUUUCUGCAUGAUUGCAUGGCAGCAGAACAAAUGCGAAGGCAUCAUGUAGGUACAGUUUGCCUUUCCCGCCAAAGUGUUCAUACUACUAAAUGUUGUCUUUCUUUUAUAAUAAACCUUUUUUCAAAAGUUU